UACAACUUUUUCCUUCACGUUCCAGCCAAGGUGCGAGGUGAUUCAAACGAUGACAGCCGGGGCAGAUGUACUAAAAGUCUCUAUUCUAGGGACAGAGUCUAUCCAUGUCGGUUUCCAUCUCCUGCCUUACAUCUUCAACACUAUCCUUACCACCCUCCCCUCUUCAACCUAUGCCCUUGUGACGGACACCAAUCUCUCUUCUCUUUACCUCCCUGACAUUCAAAAAGCCUUCGAGCAUGCUUCAAAACAAUGUGAUUCAUCAGCUAGGUUUAUCACCUACCAAGUCGCCCCUGGUGAAGGAGCCAAGAGUCGAGCAGUCAAAGCAGAGAUCGAGGAUUGGCUUUUGGAGAAUCGGUGUACUCGGGAUACGGUCAUACUUGCUUUUGGAGGUGGUGUCAUAGGUGAUCUCACAGGAUUCGUCGCUGCCACUUUUAUGCGAGGUGUCAAAUUCGUUCAGAUCCCCACGACACUUUUAGCUAUGGUAGAUUCAUCCGUCGGUGGGAAAACGGCCAUUGAUACUUCUCAUGGAAAGAAUCUCAUCGGAGCUUUCUGGCAACCUUCUUAUAUCUUUGUUGAUUUGGCAUUCCUCACCUCUCUCCCUCCUAGAGAGAUCGCCAACGGAAUGGCCGAGGUAGUGAAAACCGCCGCUAUUUGGAAAGAAGAUGACUUCGCCUCCCUCGAAUCAUCUGCAGAGGAAAUCAUGACUGCCGCUUCCACCAAAGUUUCAGCUCCCGAUGCUGGUCGUUUCGCCAAUGAUCGUUCCCCAUCACAAUCCCUUUUACUCAAAGUCGUCACUGGUUCCAUCCACGUCAAAGCACACAUUGUCACUGUCGAUGAACGGGAAACCGGCUUACGGAAUUUGGUCAACUUUGGUCAUACUAUAGGUCAUGCUAUCGAAGCUGUUCUAACGCCUUCGAUGCUACAUGGAGAAUGCGUCUCGAUUGGGAUGAUCUUGGAGGCAGAAGUGGCACGUCAGUUGGGCGUUUUAAGUCAAGUGGCAGUCGGUAGACUCACUCGAUGUCUCCAGGCUUAUGGUUUACCCAUCUCACUUUCCGAUCGACGUAUCACAGCGCUUCCCGCAUCCAAUGGACUGGGAGUGGAGAGAUUAUUGGACAUCAUGAGGAUAGACAAGAAGAAUUCAGGGCCGGCAAAGAAGAUUGUCAUACUCUCGCGCAUCGGAAAGACGUUUGAAGAAAAGGCGACGGUGGUGGCGGAUGAGAUCAUACGGAAGGUGCUCUGUGAUGCUGUUACCAUCCGAGCUGGUACACCAAGUAAAUCCCCUGUGAUCAUGGCCACACCAGGUAGCAAAAGUAUCUCGAACCGUGCUUUGGUCCUCGCCGCUCUUGGCAAGGGACCGUGUAGAGUGAAGAACCUGUUGCAUUCGGACGACACGGCGGUUAUGAUGAAUGCACUUGCUGAGCUGAAGGGCGCAACCUUUUCUUGGGAAGACGGAGGUGAUACUAUCUUGGUACAGGGAGGAGAAGGUCGACUUUCAGCUCCUGCCAAGGGGAAAGAAUUGUAUUUGGGAAACGCCGGUACAGCUGCCCGUUUCCUCACCACCGUCUGCGCCUUGGUCUCAUCUCGCCAUGCCACUGCAUCAUCGCAUACAUCGACCGUCGUCACCGGUAAUGCACGCAUGAAGCAACGUCCUAUCGGACCCCUCGUGGAGGCUCUUCGUUUCAACGGGGCCAGCAUCUCUUAUCUCGGCUCGGAAGGCUGUCUGCCUCUUGACAUCGACACCGACGGUUUUCACGGUGGACACAUACAACUCGCCGCAACCGUGUCCAGUCAAUAUGUCUCCUCCAUCCUCCUCUGCGCGCCAUACGCCUCGGACUCAGUCACUUUGGAGCUUAUCGGAGGUCAAGUCAUAUCACAGCCAUAUAUCGAUAUGACCAUAGCCAUGAUGGCUGAGUUUGGUAUCACGGUCACUCGCCAAACGGAUUCCUCUGGCAAAUUACUCGAUGUUUAUGUUAUUCCAAAAGGUACUUACGUCAAUCCUGAAGUGUACAACGUGGAAUCAGACGCUUCCAGUGCCACGUACCCACUCGCCAUUGCCGCUAUCACCGGGACGACCUGUACAAUCUCCAACAUCGGCUCCUCGUCUCUUCAGGGCGAUGCGAGGUUCGCCAAAGAAGUGCUCGAACCUAUGGGUUGUUUGGUGGAACAAACAGCUACCUCGACGACUGUCACUGGCCCCCCAAAAGGACAGCUACGAGCGCUGGGAAACGUCGAUAUGGAACCAAUGACCGACGCUUUCCUGACCGCUUCAGUUCUGGCUGCAGUGGCCAUCAAACCGUUGAGUAGGAUAUACGGAAUUGCCAAUCAGCGAGUGAAAGAGUGCAAUCGGAUACUAGCUAUGAGGGAUCAGUUGGCCAAAUUCGGUGUCAAAACGGACGAAUUUGACACCGGUAUCAUCAUAUUCGGACAAAACUGUUCUACGCUCAAAGAAGGCGCCUCGAUCCAUUGUUACGAUGACCAUCGUGUAGCUAUGGCGUUCGCCGUCCUUGGUACACUCAUCGAUCGGACGAUCAUUGAAGAGAAACGGUGCGUAGAGAAGACUUGGCCGAACUUUUGGGACGAUUUGUCAAAUAAAAUCGGUAUCCACUCCGAUGGUGUCGAGCUUGUCAAUCAUCAAGCUUCGAGUUCUCAGUCCAAUGGACACGUCCAACCCUCCGAUUUGCCUAUUUUCCUCAUUGGUAUGCGAGGAGCUGGAAAGACUUACAUUGGUCAAUUGGCCGCUUCAACACUUUUAUGUCCAUACAUCGACGCUGAUGUCGUUUUCGAAACCCGAACUUCUAUGUCGGUCUCCGAUUACGUCGCCGUCAACGGCUGGCCUGCUUUCCGAGAGACCGAGACGGAGAUCCUAAGCGAGCUCAGUGCGACCGCUGGGAAAUCUAUCAUCUCCCUUGGAGGCGGAGUGGUGGAGACUCCAGAAGCUCGUGAUAUACUCAAAUCUCACAUCAAAAGAGGAGGCAACGUCGUGCACGUUACCCGGGAGGUCAAAGCGAUCGAAGCGUUCUUACAGGAGCUGGGAGCGACGACCGGGCGACCUGCGUAUGGUGAACCUUUCCAGGAUGUUUAUAAAAGACGUGAACCAUGGUAUCGUCAAUGUUCAAAUUACGACUUUUUCAAUGUUUUCGAACCUCUGCCCGAACAGAGUCAGAAGGAUCACCAUCAAGCUAUGAAAUCUGAAUGUGGUCGAUUCUUCAGUUUUAUCUCUGGUGCGAAUUUGAACCGUCCGAAACUUGGACCUGAAAACCCUACCACUUUCCUUUCCUUGACAUUCCCCGAUAUCACCGUGGCUCUUGGACAGAUGGACGAACUGACCGAAGGAGCCGAUGCGAUCGAAUUGCGAGCUGACCUUCUCAAUCCAACAGGUCAAGUCGUCAACGCUCCUUCCAUUCCUUCGUUGGAAUAUGUCGGUAGACAAUUGUCUCUUCUUCGACUCGUCACCAAUCUACCUAUCGUCUACUCCGUCCGGUCCAAAGAACAAGGAGGAUUCUUCCCCUCUGACCAACCUGACGCUUACGAGGAAACGGUGAUCCUUGGACUGAGAAGUGCAUGCGAGUAUGUGGACAUGGAAGUUGCUUGGCCUGUUCCGGUAAUGGAUUCCAUCGUCUCUCAUCGCGGUCAAUCUCACAUUAUCGCAUCAUGGCAUGAUUGGUCCGGGUCUAUGAAAUGGUCUUCCCAUGAGGUCCGAAACAAAUAUAUCGAAUGUGCGAAGUAUGGUGAUAUAGUCAAAAUUGUCGGUACUGCUAAAACAUCAUCGGAUAAUUCUCAGUUACAACUAUUCGUUUCUUCCCUUUCUCCCAACUCGAAACCAUUAUUAGCUAUCAACAUGGGUGAAUUAGGACAAUUAUCACGUAUAACCAACUUAAUCUUAACUCCCAUCACUCACCCUCUCCUUCCCUCUCGUGCUGCUCCGGGACAAUUAUCAGUCAAAGAAAUCCUCCUUGCUCGUCACUUGAUCGGCAUGUUACCAAGUAAGAAAUUCUAUAUUGCCGGAUCACCAAUUUCACAUUCCAUGUCACCCACUUUACACAAUGCCGCAUUCAAAGCUUGUGGAUAUCCUCAUGUCUACACCCGAUUGGAAGCUGCAACAAUCGACGAUGAAUUCUUGGAAAUCUUACAUUCGGACGAAACGGGUGGAAUGUCAAUAACCAUGCCACUUAAACUUUUAAUUAUGGAUCAUCUCGAUAGUGUUUCUCCCGACGCUAGAUUACUAGGAGCUGUCAAUACGGUGAUACCUUCUAUCCGAAAUGGGAAAAGAUGGUUACAUGGAGAAAAUACAGAUUGGCAAGCAAUCUACGAAGCAGCAUCUACGAAUUUACCUUCUUCUUCUUCUAAACAAACAUUAGAAGGAUUGGUAAUUGGAGCAGGAGGUACUUGUCGAGCAGCUUUGAUGGCUUUACACACUUCAAAAGCUAAACGUAUUUAUUUAUAUAAUCGAACAUUAUCCAACGCUGAGAAAGUGAAAUCGAGUUUUCCUAAAGAAUUCAAUAUUGAAAUCAUCGAUGAUUUAUCUAUCAUAUCUCAUCUAGAUCAAAAACCUCAAGUUAUCAUUUCGACAGUUCCUGGGGAAAGUCUUACUUUAAAGGAAGGACAAGGGAUUUAUCUAUCGGAAUCAAUUUUCGGAGAAGAAGGGGUAGCUAUUGAUUUAGCUUAUAAACCUAGAAAAACGGCUUUGAUACAAUUGGCAGAAAAGAAAGGAUGGAAGGCUGUGUCGGGUAUUGAGAUAUUAUGUUUACAAGGGUAUAAACAACAUGAAUUGUGGAUGGGUAAGAAAGCGCCAAAGAAGAAGAUUUAUGAAGGUGUCAUGGAGGUUUAUCUGAAGUAGAGGUCAUUAUUGCAUACGAUAUGCAUCGAAAGAGAUCUUUGUUUCGUUUU